CCCCUGGCGGUGGGAGGUCACGUACUGCAGGCGGCUCCGGGCCGGGUCACGCCGGGGACCGAGGCGGCGAUGGCGGCACCGGCGGACUCUGAGGCCGAAGCCGAGAGGGAGGUUCAGAGUGGGGCCUGGGGAGACCGGGAGGCCGAGGAGGAGGCGGUGGGAGAGGCUCCGGUACAGGAGGCCGAGCCGGAGACUGAGCCUCAGCUGCAGGGCCCGGCCUGGGAAGAGCUGAAGGCGGAGAGCGCGAGGAGGGCGUCCGGGGACUCGGAGAGCGGGGCGUACGGCCGCAGGAACAACGGGUACACCUUCUACAGAGACCGGAAGGAAUGGGCUGAUAUUAAGCCAGUUCCACAGGAUGAUGGCCCCAAUCCAGUUGUUCAGAUCGCUUAUUCUGAGAACUUUAAAGAUGUGUAUGAUUACUUCAGGGCUGUUCUGAAGCUUGAUGAAAGGAGUGAGCGAGCACUCAGUCUGACAACGGAUGCAAUAGAACUGAAUGCUGCAAAUUACACAGUAUGGCACUUCCGCAGAGUGGUGCUGCAGUCUUUGAACAAAGACCUCUAUGAGGAAUUAAUGUAUAUCUCUGACAUCAUUGAGGACCAACCCAAGAACUAUCAAGUUUGGUAUCACAGACAGAAGAUUGUAGAAUGGUUAAAAGACCCUUCAGAGGAGCUGGCGUUUACUUCUGGGAUUCUCAAACAAGAUGCAAAAAACUAUCAUGCCUGGCAGCACAGACAGUGGGUGAUUAAGGAAUUCAACCUUUGGGACAAUGAACUGGAAUAUGUGGAUCAGCUGCUGGAGGAGGACCUGCGAAACAACUCUGCGUGGAACCAGCGAUAUUUUGUCAUUUCAAGCACCACUGGUUUUGACGAUCCUGCAGUACUUGAUCGUGAAGUCAACUAUACCUUGAAGUUAAUCAAAAAGGCUCCUCAUAAUGAAAGUGCAUGGAAUUACUUGAAGGGAAUUCUACAGGACCAGAUUCUCUCCAAGUAUUCCAACCUGCUGGAGCAGAUCUUGCAAAUGAUGGAGCAGUUUAGUUCCCCCUACCUGAUUGCUUUCCUAAUUGACAUAUAUGAAGACCUUUUGGAGAAUAAUUGUGAAAACAAGGAAGAAAUUCUCAACAAAGCCCUGGAGCUGUGUGAAUGUCUUGCUGUAAAAAAAGACACUAUCCGUCAGGAAUACUGGAGAUACUUUGCAAGAUGCCUGAAAGAGAAAUAUGGUGCUAAGCAGGAAGAUACUGGACCCACGGAAAGUGAAGCCUUUCUUCAGGAAGGCUGUAGUAACUGAGAGCUACUUCUGUAGUUUUUAUACCCUAGUUAACAGGGCAAAAAGUAGUGAUCAAUAAUUGUUUUCUUGCAUUCCUCUUUAAUUUUCUUAACACCUAUCUACACAUCACACUUGUGUGUGUAAAUGUGUAAAAACAUAACAUUUUGUACAUUUAUAUAUAUUAUCUGAAGCACAGUGCGAAGGAAUAAAUAGCAACUGUACAACAACGUUUUAUCACAUUUUUGCCUUCAAUUCAUAUUUAAUAAGUACAAAGCAAGAGAACAUAAUUGUUACUAAACCAGCUUUAUUCAGGGGGAUAUUGAAACUUAUUUAAAAUGUUACUUUUUUUAGUUGCCAUAACUACAGUGAAGUUUUCACAAAGCUACAGUGUUGUAUAGAUUUUACUGUCCGUCAAUAAAAUCUUGUGAAGUGAUAAA